UUAAAAUAAGAUAUAAACAAAAUAGGUCUCAAGUCUGAUUACCAAGCAGGUGGGAAUGAGGUUCCUAUGACCCAGUUCUGAUAGAACAAGAGCUGGCGUGAACCCUUGCCCAGGGUGCACAGCAAACCCGACACCUCGUUGGGACUUGGAUACGUUAAUUAGAUGAAAAGGAAAAAAAACAACCUCCACCCCUCACCCACACUCACCAAUUUAUUCUUCUGCCCUUUCUGGUGUCCCCUGGUCGCAGCAGUGCCCAGCUCUGUCAGAGUGACUGUUCCCAUGGCAUUUCUAGCCCGCCCAAAGCAGGCAGUAUUGGGAUCCUGUGAAAGAGCCUCGUGACUUCUGCAGAUUACAGCUUUGGGUACUUCCUGAAGAGCACAGACGUCAGGGGUUUGUCUGAACAGACCCUCUGAUCCUUGAGGAGCUCACCUGUUUGGUAACUUCAAUCCCACUGUGCGGUAUGCUCCAGGGCGUCCCUCUCCCUGCUGCCCUACAGGGGGCACUCAUUUCCACUUCGUGUGUCUAAAACGAGAAAGGCUGGCAUUCCACCAACAUGGAUUCUGUUUAGUAACCACCUGAGCGGUAUCAUCUGUUCUCAGUGGAAAGCGCUCUAUUCCCUGAAAGGCGAGUCAUUUCAGAGCAUUUAGAUCAAGGUAUAAUCUGUGAUGUGGUACGAGAUACAUCUGUUAAAAGAACAUUCCCAGCUUCUCCCCGGCUAUGCAUCAACCAGAUUGUACAAGUGAUGCUGUAACAGGCAAGAGGAAAGGAUCAGGGAGCAGCACUGGUUACUGCACGGCGCUCGAGGAGAGAACGGAAGAAUGUGCACCAGUAACGAGGAGAGAAGGGACAGAGGCUUGGCUGGACCCUGCCUGUCUGCUGCGUUUGAGAACGAAUAACCUCAGAACGUUGGCAGGGAUGCCACAGCUGAUGCUUCACUAACGAUAACAGCACCAUAGGGCUUCCUGAUACUCUGAGGCACAGGCCUUGUCAAACAUGUAGAUGUGAACACUAACAACUUGCCACUCACUAAUGCAGUGCUUACAAGUGGCCAGGGAACAGGUACAACUAUGCUUCCCCAUGGCAAGCCCUUCCCUCCGUGCCCCUACUAACCUGCAUGGUGUGGGUGCCUUUAAGAACCACGAGGACUGAUCACCUGGCCCUUUUAUACACCUCUAAGAACAGCUUCACAAAAAUGUCUUUGGAGUGGCUGAUGGACUGGAGCUGGUCACUGGAUGGACUCCGGGACUUUAUAGCUACAGGGAUCCAGUCCUUCCGGGACUGUGACACCACUGCACUCACUGCUGUCGCUUGCCUCUUGGUGCUGUUUGUUUGGUACUGUUACCACGUUGGCAGGGAGCAGCCCCGCACGUAUGUCACUGUGAAUUCCCUCAUGCAGAGCUCCGAUGCCAGUGGCUUACAGAAUGGGUACGCUUACUGCCACUCCCCCGAGUGUGUGCGCUGCACACGUAACAACGGGCUUAACCAGAAACUCUAUCACAAUCUGCAGGAAUAUGCCAAGCGCUACUCCUGGUCCGGCAUGGGCAGGAUCCACAAGGGCAUCCGAGAGCAAGGGCGCUACCUAAACAGCCGACCAUCCAUCCAGAAGCCAGAAGUCUUCUUCUUACCAGACUUACCAACAAUGCCCUAUUUCUCACGGGACGCUCAAAAACAUGACGUGGAGUUACUGGAACGCAACUUCCAGACCAUCCUGUGCGAAUUCGAGACCCUCUACAAAGCCUUCUCAAACUGCAGCCUCCCGCAAGGAUGGAAAAUGAACAGCACGCCCAGUGGGGAGUGGUUCACCUUUUACCUGGUGAACCAGGGCACGUGCGUUCCCAAGAACUGCAGGAAAUGCCCACGGACGUAUCGCUUACUUGGGAACCUCCGCACCUGCAUUGGCAACAAUGUCUUUGGGAACGCAUGCAUCUCUGUGCUGACCCCUGGCACGGUCAUUGCGGAGCACUAUGGACCAACCAACAUCCGCAUACGAUGCCAUUUAGGUCUGAAGACUCCCAGCAACUGUGAGCUGGUGGUGGGUGGCGAGCCCCAGUGCUGGGCUGAAGGCCGAUGCCUCCUGUUUGACGAUUCCUUUCUGCACACUGCAUUUCACGAAGGUCCCCCCGAAGAGGGCCCUCGUGUGAUCUUUAUGGUGGAUUUGUGGCACCCGAAUGUUGCAGCUGCCGAGCGCCAAGCCCUUGAUUUUAUCUUUGCUCCAGGACGAUGAUCGUGCUGCUUUGCCCUAGUGGGUUCGAGGGCAGGUGGCGGGCCUGCCGGGGCUUUGCCUCAUGCAGCCCCACUGCGGUUCCAUCUCCACCCGUGGAAGCCUGCCUCACUGGACACCUUUCUCAUAGCACAUACGGUGUUGGGUUUUCCCCUCUCGGGGGUUAUUGUAAAUGGAAGCUUCCAGCUUGCAUUAACUUACAGUCUCUUUCUUUCUAUCAUUGCUUCAGGGAUUUCGUUCCGCCAUGAGAGUGCAUUAUUUUCACUCUGUGAUUUAGCUGUGGUACCACUGUAGGAUGUGUUAUGUUGCUACUGUGUUUGCAGUGUUCAGACUUAGAGUAACAAAAUCAAGGGUGUUUGUUUGAAUGUAAUAAUGUAACAUUUCUUGUGGUCACCAAAAAACGUCAGCGAAGUGCUGUGCUCAGCCUGUCUUUGUCACUGUUUACAGUCACCGUGUGGACCACUCAGACAGCCAGAUGGAAAUGGCCGAGGAGCAUGGUGGUCUCCCUGCUCCUUUGUGCAGAGUAACGUCUCUGGGGCAGAGAGCGUUCAGACCCAUUGCAAACCCGAAGCUGCCAAGGGUGAUGGUGCUUUGCAAACACAAGCUCUGUGCUAGCAGGUGGCAUUGGGGCUGUGGGGCCAGAGGCUUUUAAAAACAUUUUCCUCCAGUGUGUGACUAGCAUGGCAGGUGGCUGCCUGGGGCUGGGAUGAUGGCUCCAGUGCAUUCGAGCAGAAGGUGUCUGUCCUGAGCCUGCUGCCACAAGCCCUUGCUUGGGCAGAUUGGCUGGGAACACACACAACAGCAGUUCUGGUGCUUUCAGCUGAGCUGAAAGUGACCAAGGGGCUCAGCCCCAGGCAGCUGAGUAACAGAGUCUGCCAGGGAGAGUUACACAGAAAACCUGAACCUUAGGUUUGACUAAAGGUGUUUGUUAAUUGGCCUAAAGCCCUCACAGAGCUGUUAACUUGCACUCGCAGAGCCCUGGGCUGGGAUAUACACACCAGCUGGUGGGGUGAAGGGAUGAGCUGUAUGGAAGUAACCACAUGAGUUGGUCUGUGUCUGGUUCUCAGUCUUCUCUCCCAGUGCACAGAAUGGUAGAGCGUCAGCCUGCCCUCCGCAGGCGGGGUUUAAUAACUUCUCCUAGUUCUAGAGCAGAAGGGAAAUAGGCUUCUGCCUACCUGUAAGAGUCGUGUCCACCAUCUCAACUGUGUUUUUCUUGGAGAGUAUCUAAUUGUCUGUGUGUCUCAGUACAGAGCUAAUGUCAGGUGUAUAAUGUGUAACACAGCAUGUCAUGUAUACAGCCAAAUGUACUUACUGUUCUGACUGGAAAGCAAAUGUGAUAACGGGUAACUGCUGGAGGAGGAAAAUGAGUCCACGAGGGUCCCUGGAUUACUCACUACUGAAUGAUGUACAAGGGAAAGUAUACACCCGAGUUCAAAGGAGUUUUCUACACAGAUUUUUCAGUGAUUAAAUUGCAAGAUAAGGCAGAAGUUUCAAAUACAUGAAGUAUUUUUACACAAAUAUCUUCUUAAAAGAAUAUGUGACAUGCAUGAUUUCUACGCACAUUGAAUACUUUGUGAUAGAAUUACAAAGGAAGCAGGCUGACUCGGUGCCAUUCGUACCAGUACAUAAGGAAGACUAUCAAUAAACAGUUGUGCUGAAAAAUCGAACAAGGUGUGUGCGCGCGCGGGGUGGGGGGGGAUUUCCUCCACUUGCCACUGAGAUGGCUGGUUUGCAGUGAAAACCUGGGACUUUGGAUCCUUGCUCUGGUGCUGGCAGGUGGGAGGUAUUGUACUAAGGAGAGGAGCAAGACCAGAUUUGGAGCAGAAGCUCUAGGAGGAAAGACUACAGGGAAGCAGGGGUGGCUAGGACAGAGCAAAGGCCGCCACGCAGGGCUACACCUGUAUUGAGAUGCUGUAAAGGGGACAGAGCAGCUGUCAGGCAGCGGACAGAAGAAACAGACAGAUUUAGUCCAAUACCGAACACUGCUAGGAGGAGCAUGGGCUCAGGAGCAAGCUCAGGGUAGGGCCAACACCGCAGCUCCCCUUGAGCUGUGCCAGGCGAGAGCAGACACCGUUCAGCCUGCUGAGGCGAAGCCUAGAUACCACUGACAGGCACAGAACCAUCCAGGCUAGCGCCAACUGUUUCAGAGGAGUUGGUUUUUGGAGGAGCAGGAAAACCUCAAACCCCUGUCCCCGUCAGUGCUGAAUAGGGCUGAUGUUUGACUGCAACCCUUCCACAUGCAGGAUGGCAGCCACAAGGCAGGGUUUGCUGUUCGGGGCACGGCCAGCACAGCUCCCCUCCUCCACGUGCUGUGGUGCUGCUGCUUCGCAGCUGGUGCAGGAACAGCACAUCCAGCGUCAGGUCCCGCUGCCAGUCCUGCGGCUGUGAAUCCCAGUGCGCUGCUAGCUCAGUGCCA